AUGUCUCCAGUAUCAAUUCGUUCACCUGGCGAAGUUGUCAAUGAAGUUUACUCGCAAAAUAUUCAAUCUAUUAUUCACAUGUGUCUUGAUGCGGGCGAUGAUCCAGGUUCAAUUAUUGACGAAGUGAAAUAUGAACUUCAAAAAAUGGUCACUGAAAUGAUGGCUGAAGAUGGUGCACUACUUGAACGUAAACGAACUGAACUUGCACCAAUUCGUACUCGGUAUGAAUCACUUUAUCAUGAAUUGUAUCCCGAUAAAACUUGUCCGCAAUAUGGAAGCACAUUACCUGUUCUACUUGCAUUACGUACCUAUGUUGACGAGCAUAAAAAAUUAAAAGAAGAACAUGAAAAAUUACUUGAACGUGAAAUUGAUAUUCGACUAGAAGAAAAACGAUUAUGCAAUGAAUUAAAUGAACAUUCAUUACAAAUUGAUAAUCAAAAUUUUAUGUCUAAGCAAUUAGUUACUCAAAUGAGUCUCUUAUCAGAACAUAUUGCUGAACUACGUGAAGAAAAAUCAAAACGUCUUACUCAUUUAUCAGAAAUAUUACGAACGUUACAUGAAUUCGAAGAAGUCUAUGGAUGGAAGCGACCAAUAGUUGAAACAAUGAUUGGUCGUUUAUUAGCACUUGGACCACUUAACAUUGAUCAAUUUACUCUAACAAAAGAAGCUGUUGAACUUGUUGGCAAAGAAUUUUCUCAAAUCACUGAACAAGUCCAGAAAGCCGAAGCUCGUUUUGAACAAUCACAUAAACAGUUAGCAUCACUUAUGCGAAAACAUCAAUCAUUAAUUCCAACUAAUAAAGCUUUAUCAGCAACAAAAAUAAAACAAUGCAGAUUAUCAAAAUUACCCGAUUUGAUUGCUGAAGUUGAUCGUUAUACAGAACAUGCCUUGGAAAAAUUAACCAAUGAUAUAUUUAAAGCACGUGAACAUAUUCAUGCUAUACUCAAUAAACUUUCAUUUCAUGAUGUUACUAAUGAUUCAAAAUAUGCUAUUCUAUAUACUAAUGAUUUUACCGAAGAUAUAUAUUUUAUGCACGAAGAACUUUUACAAGAACUUGAAGCACAAUAUGAAGUUAAUAAAUCAAUGUAUGAACAAAUUGAAAUAUGGAAUGAACUUUUUCUUGAAUUUCAAGAAUUUGAAAAAAAUGCCAGCGAUCCACAACGUUUUCAUCGUCGAGGUUAUAGUGCAUUAGCAGAGGAAAAAAAUCGAAGAAGAUUAGAAGCAACAUUACGUGAUUGUGAAUUACGUCUUCAACAUCUUGCUAGUGGUUUUAUGGAAAAAAAUAAUGGCCAACCAUUUAUUAUGAGUGCUAAUGGAAAAAAAAUACCUGAUUAUAUUCAACAACGAAAAGAUGAUUAUACGAAAGCUAAAGAACGUGAACGAGAAGCAGUCAAAACUCCAUCUUCAAAAAAAAAAGCUCGCACGGAUAUCAUCGUACGCGCUCGUCCUGCUCCUCUACAGUCAGUACCUGGUAGUGAUGAAAACAAUAACAACAACGAAUAUAAUCAAUGUGCUACUACACUUUGUGCAGCAGUGCAUAAAACAUCAACUAAUUCUUCUGUCGGUCGAACACCCUUAAAAACAAAACAAUUAUCAGAAAAAACAACGAGUGUUGUAUCGAAACGUUCUAAUCCAAAUUUAACUACACGAACACCUCUUAAAAGUGUACGCCGUGUUGCUGUUAUUCCACAUUUACCAACUGGUAAAACUCCAUUGCAUAAUUCAACAAUGAAAUUACGAACGCAAAAGUUCUUGCAAACAACUAAACGUACAAAUAUGGAUCAAACAUCAUCAACUAUUGUAACACCUGUUAAACAACGUUGUCUUAACAAUCAAAUAUUUGAUGCGACUGCAAAUAUUUCAUCGAAUAAUUUAAUGACGGCUAGUGUAUCUACAGGCUUUAAAAUUUCGACGGCGAUAACACCAGGAAAACGUCACAUAGCGAAACGAGCGAUUCCGACACCAAUUCAUACUCAUAAAAAUAAAUAG